AUGCUGUCCAAUUCACAUGGAGGUCACCUACAAGAACGGCAACGACAACACCGCCGACAGAUCUCGACCCCUACAGCCCUCGAGGCCGCGAAAGUUUCCAGUCUCCCUGCACCGGCAUUGCAACGGCUCAAUGCUCAUCGACGAGGUCAAAGCCUCGACACACGGGCCUUCCAUAUGCAACAACGAGCACAGGCCAUGCAGGAUGGGAAAUUUUCUUUUACUAACCAAGGAACAGUACAGCAACAACCACAACAACCUCACAAUGUCUUGCGCGAGGUCCAACAACAAGGAUUGGCUCGACAGAGACAUCAGAUGUAUACUCCUAAUUCGACAUCCGUGCCGCUGAUGCCCGACUGCCACACGUUCAGCCAAGGGGACCUGCAUAUGCUUGCGAACCAGGACAAUAACGAGAGCCACCAAAGCGCGUGGAUAGAAGCGCAGCUGAAUCUGAACUUCAAUUUGAUGCAGCAGCACCAACAGCUGUUGCGAAGCCAGACCUUGCCCGGCAACAACGCUCAAAUGGCCGCCUGGGAUAUAUACCCGCAGAAUAUGCUCGCGACCCAAGCCAAUGUGGCUCCUCAGGACAUGCGAUGCUUGUCCGCUCAGUCGGAUACCGUCCCCAAUUCGCAACGUCCGCUUACACCAGCACAUGAAAACAACAACACCCGUAAGAGAGAUCGAACCCGUGAUCUUCCGAGUUCGAAGCUAUGGCUAAUCCAGGAAUUAGAUUACUUGCCAAUCACCCCAGCAACGACACCGUUCAAGAAGUCAAUGGGUGUUGUCCCAUACAACACGGAGGUGCAGUCAUCACCCACCAAGGAGCAGAGUCUGUCUGUUCCCGAGGCUGUCAAAGCGUCGUACAUGCAACGUGCUAGAUCCCUUCAAGGAGUGACGGAGGCAAAUUCCUCGCAGACGUUUGACCUCCCAUCCCCCCCCAACACAGCAACAUUUGAAGUCGACAGCUUUGAUACAUUUAACGGUCAGCAGCAGGAUUCCAGAUCGGAGAAAUCCGAGUCGCAGAGUUCGUCGCGAGGUAACCAUGUUCCGUCGUUGUCUGCAUCGUCGUCUUUUUACUCGUCACCAGAAAUUGCACCCAUGCCGUCGUCUCCUGCAGGUGAAAAUGAGAGGCCACGGAAGGUUCCCAUUUACCCUGCUACACCAAGCCACAAGAGGAUGUCGAGUACCGCUACAACCGCGAGCUCGACUCCGUCGAAGCCAAAGCUCUCCCCGAGAGUCGCGUCUAUUGACAACCUGAACCUUGACGAGAGGGUCCACGCAUCCAUCAACCAAACCGGAGUCACCAUCGAUGAGAUCGCUUCUUACAUCUCUGGUCCGGAUCCCGAGGAUGGCAAAUGGGUCUGCCUCCAUCCAGGCUGUGAAAGACGGUUUGGCAGGAAGGAGAACAUCAAGUCCCAUGUCCAAACCCACUUGGGUGACCGCCAGUUCAAAUGCGAUCAUUGCAACAAGUGCUUCGUCCGUGGCCACGAUCUGAAACGCCAUGCCAAGAUUCACACUGGAGACAAGCCCUACGAAUGCCUCUGCGGAAACGUGUUCGCCCGUCAUGACGCCCUGACUCGUCACCGUCAACGUGGGAUGUGCAUCGGAGGAUACAAGGGCAUUGUGCGCAAGAACACAAAGCGCGGCCGUCCCAAGAAGCACCGCCCCGAAAUGGAGGAACGCCAGGACAAGGCAUCCCGCACUCGCGUGCGUGUCGCUGAGAAGACAUCCUCCUCGAGUUCUGUCUCGGGAUCGUCAGACUUUUCCCGCAGUACACCACCUUCGGAGGUCUUUGAGAACAUGAGCCUUCGUGGCUCCAGCCCCAUCAACAUUGGGCCCAUGUUCCACACGCCUAACUACUCCGCGUUGCCACCAGAAGCUUUUACCUUCACUCCUCCCGCAUCCCCCGGUUGCAGCACUGGCAACAAACCUUCGCCUCACUGCCACCCUCGUUCUCUCACGCCUUGCACAGAGGACGAGAUGUUGCCUUCGAAGCAGCCAAUGCAGAAUAUCGAUAAGGGGCCUAGUCUGCCAUUCAUCGCGGAAGCGGAAUCAUGUCCCUACCCCGAUGUCAGCAACUCGUCAAACGACAACAACCUUUCUUCGCCUCACACCGCACCUACCCUGGCUGAUUCCACUCACGAGUCGGACCUGGAUAUCUUCAUCAACCAGGACGCGACAACAAAUGGCUUUGACAGUAACUUCCCGCCUCUUACUGACUCCUCCAUUGCCGCUUUCCCAGACUAUGUCAACACUGCCCCUCUUGACGGACCAGACAUGGAUAUCUUUCGUGGCAAGACGUUGACGACUGGUCCUUCAAUGGAUGAUGAGUUCUUCUCCUUCCAGUUCCAGGUUAAUGCGCAGCCCUCGGAGUACUUCAUGGCAUAA